AUGGCUCGCUUUGGGUUGCUUGGUUCUAAUGUGAGCUGGAGUGUUAAUAGAAUUUUGAAACUGCGAUCUAUUGCACUCACCAUCUUAUCAUCUUCUGGUUAUCUUAGGCUUAACGACAUUUGGGAAUCUAUUUGUAUCAAAAGAGAGAAGGUUCCCUGGCAGAAUCUUAUCUGGUUUCCCAUGCACAUUCCUAAAUUCAGUUUGAUUGCUUGGAUGUCUUUGUUAAACAGAUUACCAACUAGAGAUCGGCUACUCAAAAUGGAAAUUUCCACAGAUGGGACUUGUGAUAACUGCAGUAAUGAUCAGGAGACGAGAAAUCACCUUUUCUGUCAAUGUUCUCUUGCUGUUCGUCUUUGGAGCUUUGCCCUUAUGCUUAAUGGCUUGAAGAAUGCUUCAUCUACUUGGGAAGAAAUGGUUACUCGGGCUUCUUCAACUUGGAAAGGGAAAUCCUUGCUCAUCACCAUCCUGAAGAUUGCUUGGACAACCUAUAUCUACACUUUGUGGGAGGAAAGGAAUCGUAGAAUCUUUCAAGGUCGUCAUAGAUCAACCGAUGAAUUGCUCAAGAUUAUUAUUGAAGCCGUGCGAAUUCAACUAAAGGGUAAAAAUAUUAAUAGAGCUGAUAGAACAAAUUCUAACCUUUGUAUUGCUUGA